AUGCAGUCAAAAUGCUUCUGUCCAGUCUGCCUGGACUACCUCAAUGACCCCGUCACCACCGACUGCGGCCACUACUUCUGCGACUCCUGCAUCCGCAUGUCAUGGAAGGACCUGCAGGACACAUUCCCUUGUCCUGUGUGCCAGCUGGCCCGCCAGGAGAUGCGUAUCAGUGCCAAUGCCCAGCUGGGCAGGCUGGUGGACCUGGCCAAGCACCUGCACAGCUCCGGGAGCAGCAAGAUGGCACGGGGAGAGGAGCACAGGCAUGAAGACCACAGGCAGGGGAUGAGCCUCUUCUGCGAGGACGACCAGGCGCUGCUGUGUCCCCUGUGUGCCCGGUGUCUUGAUCUUCAGUGUUCUGUGGAGGAGGCCACAUCCUAUCACAGACAAAGGCUCAAGUACAUCAAGUCACUGGAGAAGCGGUUGGCAAAGGUGCAGAAGCUAGAAGUCACCCAUGAUAGAAAGAUCCUUCAACUGACCAAGGAGGCCAGAAUAAGCAUUCUUAAGAGUCAGCUGGCCUCGGAGUUUGAGCAGCUCACCCAAUUUGUGGAGAGUGAGCAAGAGGCAGCUCUCCGCAGGCUGGCAGAAGAGGAGAAACGCCUGCAGCAGCAGCUCAGGGCCAACCUGGAGGCCUACUCGGACCACAUCUGGGCGCUGAAAGACCUCAGACGGGAGGUGGCUGAGCGGAGCGUGAUGUCCGAGGAGAUGCCUCCCUCCUCUGUGCUCAGCGCUCAAAGCAUCAUCCGGAGAUUCCGAGACAGCAUCAGCCUGGACCCCCACACGGCCCACCCCAGCCUGUGCGUGUCUAAAGAUAAAAUGUCUGUGACCUGGGGGAGAAAAAAUCCCAACCUUGCUGGGGAUCCGAGGCCACCGGAAGAUGCCGCCGAGCUGGUGGUCCUGGGCCGGGAGGGCUUCUCCUCUGGCCGCCACUACUGGGAGAUGCAGGUGGGCGCCAAGCCCGAGUGGGCCGUGGGCGUGUGCAGUGUCGCCCCUUCGGCCCAGGCCUCGCGUCCCCUGGCGGCUCCCAAGAGAUGCUGGACGCUGCAGCCGCAGGACGGCGUCUACCUGGCCGUGGGCGCGUGGGCUGUGCCUCUGGCUCUCAGGGACCAGUCUGCAGCCAUCGGCAUUUACCUGGACUGGGAGCUGGGCCAGCUUUCCUUCUACAACGCCGCAUCCGACAGGUCUCACCUGCACUCGUUCACCGAGCCCUUUGCUCAAGAGUUCAAGCCCUAUUUCCGAGUGGGGCGUGACUGCACCCCUCUCUCCGUGGGCGUGGGGAGGGCUUAG